GCGACAUAUUUCUUGGAACACGCUAGUUUUCUUUUUCUCCAGCCCUUACAAGUGGAGAUUUCACUCUUCCACCACCUACAUGGUAAUCAAGAGCUUCAAAAUUUCCAUCUAACUUGACUCAAAUGGAGCGACGGGAAGAGCAAGAAGAACAGCUAAUAUGGAAAUCAGGUGCAGAAUCAAUGGUUUCGUUCACAAUCGGCAGAGCCAUGAGCACUCUCCUCACCGCCCGUCCCAAAAAGCUCCACCACUCCGUUUCUCGCCUCUCCCCCGACUUCUCCAACAAAACCUCGCUCGUUUCUAUGGAUGAAUGCCUCUGGUUUCUUCACAAGUACGUCAAAGAUGCGGCUCAGAGAGACGAAACUUUGGAUGCGGUUCUUGUUCCCAUGAUCGAACACUCAUUGAAGUACAAGGACUUGAAGCAUGGCGGUCAACCUAUGAUACUUCUCAAUUGGCUCUUCCAAGAUGAGCUUCUUUUUCAAGCAGUUGCCAUGAAUCUUGCAAAUAUAAUUGUGAGGAAAGAUGAUCGGUAUAUAGCUUUUGGUUGGUGUACUCUUGUGCGGGGACUCAUGGAGUAUGAAAGUAGUAUGGAUCAGUAUUUGUUAAAUGGAAUAAAGGAGAAAUACAAUGCUCUGUUGAAGAUACUUUGCACUUGUAUUCCACAUCUAUCGUAUAUUGUACAUAGGGGAAGCAGUUUGCAGGAUAAAUUUGAACUACCUUCACGCCUUUCAGUGGCUGCUGCAGAUUGUUUAUUGGCUUUAACAGAAGGGUUGACAAAAAAGCCCGAUAUUCUUAGUAACAGGCCUAAAUCAUUAAGCUCCAGUGAAUCAAACUGUCUGGUUACUUUAACAGCAUCUGGCAUUGAUGAGAGGAAGGUGAAAGCUACUCAUAAAUCUUCUGAAGUUUUAACCAGGGGUGUGGAGUUUUUGUUAUGGGAUCAUCUAGAAGAUCUCAUUUUUUUAGUGCAGAGACUCCUUGCAUGGAGCAGAAAAAGUCGUCCAUUACAUGCUAAAGGAUUGGAGCAGGUGCUUAAGUGGUUGCAGGAGAUAAAAGUGCAUUAUGGUGGCCUUCAAGAUGAGGCAGGAUCAAAGAUACAAAAGACUGGAGCAUUGCUACUCUCUUCAUGUUGGAAGCAUUAUGGCCUGCUAUUGCACUUGGAAGAUCACAAAUUUACUAAGCAUUACAAGGAAAUGUUGGACCAGUACUUGUCAGGCAUCCAGUACUACACAAGCAACCACGAUGAGGGGCAUGCUGAGAGCAAGGAUGAUGGUAUAGAAACCAGAAAGUUUUUCCUGAAUUGCUUAUGCCUUCUUCUGGGGCGUUUUGAUGGGAAAAAAUUUGAACGCAUAGUGGCAGAAUAUGGAAAGCAGAUGUCACAUCUCCUUUUAUCACAGCUUCACUGCAAUGAUGAUGAUGUAAUCGAUGGGGUUGUGAGUAUAUUCAAGGCUGUCAUUUUUAAGCCAAAACAUUCAUCUGGAAGCAGUGUAACUGACACCAAGCAGAUGGAUGCUGUGGUACCGCUGCUGCUUCACCUUCUUGACGAGAGAGAUGGUGCAGCUAGAGCUGUUGUUAUGCUCAUAGCAGAAUACUGUUGCAUAACUGCUGACGGUCACUGUCUUGAAGAAGUUCUUAAACGCCUUGCUUCUGGAAAUGCUAUUCAGAGGAGGAACGCUUUUGAUGUUAUAUCAGAACUAAUUCACAUAUUAACAGAUGCAGCACAUAUAGUUUCUCAUUCUACCUGGCAAAAUAUAGCAAAUAAUUUACUUUUGUGCCUUGGAGAUGAAGAAACUGCAACCAGGGAACAAACAUCCAAUUUGCUUCCUCUGAUUGACCCAUCAUUUGUGUUGCCUGCAUUAGUUCGUCUUGUUUGCUCAUCAGAUGAAAAGAUACAACCAGCAGCUGCUGAAGCCUUUGUUAGAGUGCUCAAGCAUCAUAAUCAGAAACCUGAAGUUGUGAUCAUGCUGCUUGACAGUCUUAGCAACCUAAGUCAGGGUCUAGCUGAUGCAGAAACUGGAGCCCAUACAGUGGAAGGAUCAAAUACAGACUGUGAUAGGGUGCUCAGACUGAUCCCGGAGUGGUCUAAAACUGUUCGAGACUGGAACUUCUUGAUUGGACCCAUGAUUGACAACAUGUUUGCAGUGCCAUCAAAUGCUACUAUUGUCCGGUUUCUGAGUCACAUAAAUGAGCAGUUAGCAGAAGCCGCUGAUGUAGUCCUUCAUCGAGUUUUGUUGCAGAUGAAAGGACAGAAAGUCAUGAUUGACGAAGCUUUCUUCUCUGGAUGGGAGACAAGAACCUGUACAAGUGAUGACUCCAUGACAAUGCAGCAAUCUUUGUUUGAGCAACUUUGUCCCUUACUCGUAAUUAGGUGGCUUCCGUUGAGAGUAUUUAAUGAUCUAAAUUCCUCUGUCAUGUAUGGCCGACUUCAUAAUCAGGGUAUUAUGCAUGGUACGAUUUGUAAUUGCUGUAAGAAUAUAGUGAUGUCAGCAGCAUUGAUGACACGAGUAUUGCUACUUUCCUCUUGCAUAGAUUCUCAAGAUACAUUGAAGAUUAAAGGUUGCCUGUUUUCACUGUGUACAUCCCUUGUGGUAAGAGGAAAGGAAUCACUUGUGCAUUCUUUUAUUAUUGAAAUCCCGAGAACCAUAGAAGUGAUUCUGUUUUGGCCUUCGUUUGAUGGUGAUGAAGUUUCCAAAGCCCAACAUGGGUGCAUUGAUUGUCUGGCAUUGAUGAUAUGUGCCCAGUUGCAAGCUCCUGAAUUGUUUAAAGACCGCACCUCGUUGAGGAGCAACAUUGUUGGGAAGAAAAGCAAUCCUGGGGAUGCUGCCUCGAGACCCUAUAUCCUUAGAUAUGCAAUCCAGCUAUUAAUAAAUGAUAAAAGAGAACUUAAACCUGCGUCGAAGUUGGGUGAUGAGAACUGUGAAACUGAGGCACCAAUUCCCCACUCCUUUCGUCUGUGCAUGGCUAAUGUUCUCAUCAGUGCUUGUCAGAAGAUAUCUGAUUAUUGCAAAAACCCGCUUGCAAAGACAAUUCUUCCAUGUCUCAUUGAUUCAGUUGAGGUAAUAAUGCAGCCAGAGAUUAAAGCUGCUUGCAUCCAGGUUCUGUUGUCUGCUGUUUAUCAUCUGAAGUCUGCAGUCCUUCCUUAUUUGUGUUAUCUUCUCAAACUUUCUUUAAAAUCCCUUGGAAAGGGAUUAGAAAAAGGAAAGGAUGGCUGGUGCAAAGCUGAUGACUUCUCUCAUGGGCGGUGAAGAUUCAAUUUUGGAGAGUAUAGCUGAUGGAUUAGUAGAAGCAAGA